UUGGAUAGAAUAGAGUAGAAUAGAAUAGAAUAGAGUAGAGUCUGUUUAAAUAUAAUAGAGUAGAGUAGACUCUGUUUGGAUAGAAUAGAAUAGAGUAGAGUAGAGUAGACUCUGUUUGGAUAGAGUAGAGUAGAAUAGAGUAGACUCUGUUUGGAUAGAAUAGAUUAGAGUAGAGUAGAGUAGAAUAGAGUAGACUCUGUUUAAAUAUAAUAGAGUAGAGCAGACUGUUUGGAUAGAAUAGAGUAGAGUAGAGUAGACUCUGUUUGGAUAGAAUAGAGUAGAAUAGAGUAGAAUAGAGUCUGUGUCUGAACCCUGACCCUGCAGUAGAGGCUGUAAAUGUAAAUGAUCUCAGAACUCAAACAUCUGUCUGUUUGUUUAAAGGAAUUCUUCUUUAAAUGUCAGUUUGGGGUUAAAAGUGUUCGACCCGCCUCUGAUACAAAAAUGCAGUCAGACCUGUCACACUGUCACAUGACCUGCUCUCCUUUUGGCCGCCGGCUUUACUGAACCUAAACACACCUGAGAGAUGUUAACAGGUGAGUUUCAGUCAGACUCAGAGCAGUGAGUCUGAAGGUCGACAUUACUCUGAUUUUAUUACAACUGCAGAAGAAGAAAGAAGAGUGAUGGGUCAGUCUCACAGCUCCACCUCCCCUCAGGUGGUCUUGAUGGGGUUGGACUCGGCGGGAAAGUCGACUCUAUUGGCCAGACUGCUGACAGGACAGGUGAUGGAAACGUCUCCUACGGUGGGAUUCAACGUGGGAACUCUGGAUCUGGACAAGAAGACGUCUCUGACGGUUUGGGACGUCGGAGGACAGAAGAGCAUGAGAGCCAACUGGAGGUACCACCUGGACGACUGUAAGGCUCUGGUGUUCGUGGUGGACAGCAGCGAUCCGGCCCGACUGCCGGAGGCCCAGAAGGUCCUGAAGAAGGUCCUGAAUGAGGAGAAGCUACGAGGAGUUCCUCUGAUGGUUCUGGCCAACAAGAAGGACCUGCCCAACUCCAUGACCAUCCGAGAGAUCUCCAAUCAGCUGGACCUCCCCAGUCAUGAUGAGCGUUUGUGGGAGAUUCAGGCCUGCAGCGCUCUGAAGGGACUCGGCCUCCUGCAGGCCUUCACCUCCAUCAGCAAACUCAUCAAGAAGACAUGA